CGCACUGAAUUUCAGACUUCGUGUGUUGGGCAAAUGUAGCCAGUGGACGCCUGAAGUUAAGCCAGAGUGCACCCAGCAAGCUCCUUGUCUGCAAAUGUUCAGAUGUUGACGCAUCGAGGAGGAGUGUGUCUGAGGCCAGGUUUCGUGUCGGCGAAAAUUGUGGUUUUCAUGAUAGCCAUGUCUACUGAGGCGGCUGAAACCAGCUCUGUGCCUGAGCGCCCAGCUAGUGUGACUCUCGAUGGAUGUUCUUUUUUUCAUAUCUGGAACCACGCAAUCAGGCAACAGCGCACAACUGUGCAGGCGAAUGAAUCGCCUGUCAGAACCUUGCUGUCACCCGACCGCUUCGUCAUGAUCAAUCUGGUGCCCCAAGACGCCCCUCACCCCCUCUACAGUGAACAGUUUACUGAACUCUGUAAACAUUUCCUUCUCGACCACAUGCUUGAUGUAUCAAUUGACUCCAAUGACCCAAGGAUGACUGCACCUGGUGGACUUCCUGCAAGCACGCUGGCGGCGAAUGACGUUGUAUUUCGAAAGGACAGCCAAGGUAAAAUCACCGUGAAUGACAAUCCCGUGAAGGAGGUACAGACGCUGUCCGAUGGCACUGUGAUUUAUACGCUCGAUAACAUCCUGUUUAAUUACCAACAGCGGAUUCAAGAAGCAUUCGAGAAACUUUUAGAAGAAGAAGCGUCAAAUUACCCUUUGGAGGCUCCCCCCUUUUAGGUGGAUGACCAUAAUUGAAGAUCCCUGAUGCAGAAUGAGAAAAUAUUACAUGGUUUGAUUACAGUUGCAUAUACUUGAUUUUGUAGCAUCAACAUAAUUCACUUAUAUUUGUUAUGCAGUUCCAUGAUUGUGAUAAAAAAGAAUAAAUAUAAUAAAUGGUAUAUAUGCUGUAUAUUCUGUAUGCACGUGAUAAUCCGAUGGCUUGAGGCGACGUUGUUGUUAUUUUUCCUCGAGCGAAAAACACACUGACAGUCCGGGUGAGUGGAGACGCUUAUGUAGUCUGUUCUAGGCUAAGGAAGUGCAUUUUGUACAGUGUGCCACAUUCUUCAUUGUAAGAAUUAUAUCUUACCAUGCAUGACUAUUAUAACUUUCAUGGCAUUCUUUCUGUCAUUAAAUAUUGAUAAAAGUGCAA